AUUUACUCCAAAUUAAAAUGUUUUAUGGAACAAUCAAAAAAUUUCCUCUUAUCCUUGUUUUUGCCCCCUUUGGGAUUCAGGUUGGCGGCCCUUUUCGGCUGACCAAAUAGCCCCCUUAAUCGGGUCAAAUUUGUUCGAGUUUAACAGCGCCAGGGCCAUCCAAAGCUCUUUGCAGUCUGCACAUCUUCUCCCCCUGCACCUUCCGGUUGGAAACCACGACGACGACGUUGAGCAGCAAGAGUUCAGGAUCCCGGCGUUUCGAAAAAUCCGAUCCGGGAGGUGCCCCGAUCGUCCGUCGAGUCUCGGAGAUCCGGGAGAGAAACUGUCAGUGAGACGAUUUGGGGGUAUUUUGCCAGCGGUGGUUGGGUGUUAAGCGGCAAGCGAGGAUGAGUGUGAGCCGCGCGUCGGUGCAUCCGGUCGAAACUCCGCCGCUUCAGACGGAGGCCGCGAACGUCCCUAGAGUUAGGAUGAAGGACAUCCAGGGCAUGCCUGGCACGAUCAGCAGCCUCUUCCUGCGUUUCGCUCAAUUCGUCUUCGCCUCUAUUGCUCUCUCCGUCAUGGCGUCCACCAGCGAUUUCUCUUCCGUCACUGCUUUCUGUUACUUUGUUGCUGCUGCUGGGCUACAAAUCUUGUGGAGCUUUUCACUAGGAAUUCUUGAUAUUUAUGCUCUUCUUGUGGGGCGCAGUUUACAAAAUCAGCGCAUUGUUAGCUUUUUUUCAAUUGGUGAUGGGGUCACUUCUACCCUAAUGUUCGCCGCAGCUUGUGCUUCAGCAGGCAUCACUGUGCUCAUCGGAAAUGACCUCGGAGUAUGUGCCCAAAAUCACUGCACGGAGUUUGAGACUGCUACAACAAUGUCUUUCCUUACCUGGUUUGCAUCUAUUCCGUCUUUCGUUCUAAACUUUUGGUCUCUGUCAUCCCAAUGCAGAUGUGUGCCAGCCUAAUGCAUUACACAUAGGAACCAGGCAAAAUAUAUACUUUUUGCUAAAAAUGCACACCCCAUUUACACCACCCAAAAUUUUUGAACUACACAAACUUAUGUCUGAUUGUGGACAAGUUUUGCGUGGAAGUGUAUACAAAUUUGUCGUCUCUAUAGUUCAAAUAUCAAAACUAGAGUGUUGUGUAAGAGUGGUGUACAUAAUAAUAGUCGUGUAUAUACAAAUAAAUGUUAUAUAACCAAACUCGGUUUCUUUUUUCGUCAAAGACCACACGGUUUCUAAAGGUUAUCGUAAAUGUACAAUGUUUAGUUUCUUUUUGAACUACACUACACUGCCGGUCUCGUUGACUCAUAUUUUUGGGACAUGGGAUCCCCU